AUGCUCGGGGUGAAACGUCGUGCACAAGAUAGGCAAACGCAAGGGAUUGAAUGGGCAAAGGCCGCGGUCGGGGAACUGAUCGCCCGCGUGCUUCGGCAUAUCAUCGUUGCGGGACACCCAACAAUGUGUGAAAAGUUGCCUUCCCCCUUCCUCUGCCGUUCUAUCAUCUUGAGACACGGUGGUUGUUCUUACGCCAGGGUUCGGGCUGGUCGGAGCAUCGCCGAGGCCCUGCUUGUUGUGGCGGUCGGGGAGUUCGCCGCUGUCUACGGAGUGACUCUCACCACUUUACAACAGUCGGUGUCACUACAUGCAGGGAAUGUGCGAUCUAUCCGAUUUGGUACACAACGCUAUGCUCGCCUCUAG